AUGGCAUUCUUCCUUCAACCGUGCUGCCAGUUUACAUGUCCUCUUUGUCAUACUACGUCGCUCACUAACCAUGUGAACCAGAACUCGCCAAUUUGCUGUGGAUGCAAUUCUACGCCGUGCCAAACUGUGCAGAGUACAUUAUGCACUGGCGUGCCCAUUCAAAAGCCAACACUGCAAAUUCCAAGUCAACCGGCCAAUUUGACUAACAACCAACAGACGCAUAUACGAGAGAUCAUUGCUGAAUCGAUAUCUACACGUCAGCAUUUUGAUGUGCUACUCAUUACUGAUCGGAAGACUGAUAUACAAUUUUUAAUUGAUUCAGGAUCACAAUGUUGUUUUAUUCCGCCCGCGUAUUUUAGUUGGAAAAAAUUGUCGCCUCUUAAGUGGAUACCCGCGGAAAAAGGCAAGGAUAUAGCCGUCUAUGCUGAAAUAGAAAUAGUUGUGGAAUUGGGAUUAGACAGAGAAAGGAGGUGGAAAUUCCUCGUCGCAGACGUAAAUAUCCCUAUAAUUGGGACUGAUUUCCUAGUUUAUUACGAUCUUAAAAUUGACUUAAGAUCAAAAAAAUUGGUCAGCAACUCCAGCGGGGAGAAUGAGGUUGUAUUUGCAAAAGAUGACAAUGAAACCCUAGAGUCCAUUGCAUAUCGUCGACCAUUUAUUUUUGAUCGGAAUUCCGAAAUAAACUUUUUGAUUGAUUCUGGUGCUCAUCGCUCUCAGAUUCCUAAAAUGCCGAGCGAAAUUAUGCCACCCUUGCCGUUCUGCAGGUAUUUGAAAGCCAACGGAAGUCCUGUUGUUGAAUAUGGCUACAAAUAUCUCACCUUGAAUCUGGGUCUUGAGAAGGAAUUCGCCUGGAAUUUUCUCCUGACUGAUAAUAAUGUAGCAUUAAUCGGUGCUGAUUUUCUGGCUCAUUACGGCUUAACCAUUGAUCUAAGACGAGGGAAGCUAAUGAGAGCCCGAGAUGAAUAA